UCGUAGGUGUUUCGUAAAAUACUCGUCAUUUUCGUAAUAUUUCGUUUGGUAUUCGGAAGUCGAGCUCAAUCUCUCGGGGCCUAAUAAAACUGAUAGAAGACUGGGUAUCGUACAUUUAAAUCGCUUACGUGUCUUGAAACCGGUAAAAUAUUUUCAGAUUUCUUGCGAAAUUGUGUACAAAAAUUCGCUCUUUUAAAGAUUAAUCCUUUAAAGGAAGUCUGAUAUGUCGGGCUACGAUCAAAAUUACUACCAAGAAGACCAAGGAUUUUACCAAAAUGGUUUUUAUUCGACGAAUUACGAGCAAAGCCAUUCUCCCCAACAGGAAGGUUAUGGCAACGAUCAAUACGGCGAACCUCAAUAUGGGAAUCAAUAUGGCUAUAAUCAGUACGCUGGUGGCAAUUAUUACAACCCAAACGUGAAUGGAAACGCACAAUACUACAAUCCAUCAUAUCCUUCACCUACUAACGAUCAGAUCAGACAGGUUGAUGAAGCACAUUCAACGGGGUUUGAGGACGAACCGCCAUUAUUAGAAGAACUUGGCUUUAACCUAGAUCAUGUAUGGCAGAAGACUCUGUCAGUCUUAAAUCCAUUAAAACAGGCGGAUUCCCAUCUAAUGGAUGACACAGAUUUGGGAGGACCUCUACUCUUCUGCUUGGCUUUUGGGGGAUUUUUGCUUCUUCAUGGCAAGGUGCAUUUCGGGUACAUAUAUGGGUACAGUGCUCUUGGGUGCGUAGCAAUGUAUGCCAUUCUGAACUUGAUGAGCUUGGCUGAUGUGUCAUUUAGUACUGUGGUCAGUGUUCUUGGUUACUGUUUACUACCAAUGGUAGCGCUGUCAGGGGUAUCUCUUUUGAUCAGCCUGCAAGGAAUGCUGGGUUCUGUUUUGACGGCAGUGACUAUAGGCUGGUGUAGUCUGGUAUCAUCAAAGCUGUUUGUCUCAGCAUUGGCUAUGGAUUCUCAGCAACCUCUUGUGGCAUACCCUUGUGCACUCUUGUAUGGAGUAUUUGCUCUUUUAACUGUAUUCUAAAGACAAAUGAACUAUAUGAACAUAGAUCUUUAGCUAUGUUUGAAUGCAAAAACCAGAAAUUUUACUUGAAAGAACAAUGUUCAAAGCUAUCUUUCAUGUAGCAGUUUUUAAUACCAAACAGACAUGGAAGCUGCAUACUGAAAUAUGGUUUUCACUUACACCAAUCAAAAGUAAUCAGUCAGUAUAUGUUUCAUAUUUUUGACUGGUGGUAGUGAAAUACCAAUUUCUAUUGGGCAAUUUGCAACUACACCAUGCAAGUUUGUGUAAUAUUGAAAAAUCCUUUAACACAAAUGAACUGAAUGACAGCUAUUCUUGAUUCAGUACUAUGUGGCAAAAAAAUUCCUUAAAAUCACUUGAGAUAUAAUAUAAAUUAAGAUGAGACAGCCACUAGGUUGGUUGAUCGAACAAGAGAAGCUAAUGAGGAAUAGUUUGUUAUCAUCAAGCAACAUGGGGCUAUGACAUGACAUACACCCCAAGAAUACUGAGAUAGUAUUACUGUGCAGACACACUAACCGGGACCACUUGAAUAAAACUGACCAAUUAGAUAACGGUAAACUAGACAGAAAUUGAACUGAUAACAGUGUUAGACAAUCAGAUUAUCACGUUCUGACACUCUUAUUAUAUCCAUGGCCGGUUCAAAAUAUUGAACUAAAUGUCACAAUAUGAUUGGUUGAUGAUACUAAUUUAUCAUAGUGGUCCCGGUUGAAGUAUCCAAACAGUAAGACUUGAUAUGAAGUAGAGCAAAAAUGCAAUAUGGAGAAUUCAAUGAAUUCUUGUUAAGUGAAUAAUACUGUCUGUCGGAAUGACUGUACAGACACACCUACCAGGACUACUUGAACAAAAUUUAAGAUAAAAAAAACUAUAGCUAAUCAGUAGAGAGUAAAAUCAGUAUAAUAUUGACCUCAACCAAUCACAGUCACUCAUUUCAAUGAGGUUGUCAAUUCUUUGUUUGCACCUCACUGUUGCCAUGUUGGAUGAAUUUAACAAAAGAAUUGUCAAUGAAUUUUUUUGUUGUAUCAUCCAACAUGGCUGCCAUGUCUUUUUUUAUUUCACUCUCUUGGGAAUGAUUGAAAACCAGCAAUAACAUCUAGAUAGAUAUAUGCCUAGACUUUGAUGCUUGCUCCUGAUUGGUUCGAGUUAAGAGUUAGAUUACUUUAUUUUCACAUUAUGUUGUGAUUGGAUAACUUUCUUCAAGUGGUCUCGGUUAGUGUGUGUGCACAGUAAUGCAUAAAUGAAGGACAAUGUUUGUAAAGGAAAAGCCAGUGAUUGGCCAAGAGCUUUGAUGCUUCUUUGCAGUAAAUCAGCUGUAGGCUGUGGAUUUACUGCAAGUGAGACAUGUUAACAAAUGCAAUGUUACUGCGCAUGAGCAGACAAUUUUUGCAGCAAAUCGGCUUUGCACUGUAAUGCGCAUGAGUAGACCAUUAGUCGUAGGCAGUUAUUUUGGCCAAUCAAAACAACAGUGAAAUCACUUAAGAAAAGGAUAGCUUGAAGACAGUGUCCUAGUAAUGAGACAACUAUUUGGUACGAUAGACCACUUAAGCUUGGUCAUAAUGUUUUGCCCAUUUCAGACCAUGUGUCAUUCCCUUGAGUAUUAUUUUUGGUUCAAUGGUUGCACUUGAAUAGACAUAAAAAUGGAUAUUAAUGAAACAAAAAUUAUAUUCUAAAGAGAAUGCCCUAGCUAAAGAGGCCUAUUGUGCAUUAGCAUAAACCUAUUUAUGGUCUAUUACAAAUCCUGUGUACUGAUUGGCUGAACUACUAUUAGUGAUAGAAAACUAAUAGCUAAAAAUGCUGAUUUUGAAAACCAAAACAACACAAAAAAUACAUUACUCCAA